AUGCUCAUUGCUUCGCUUCGGUUCUACCUGCUGAUUGUACUGCUUGGUCACAGUCUGGUGAAUCUUUGUGCGGCCAGUGGCAGUGCAGCCCCUGGGAACCUAUCAGAGGGACACCGGCGUAUUCGACUCGGUCGACCGUUGGUGAGGCAGGAACCGCAGCUGACAGGUAGAAAGGUUGGACUUCCUAUAUUGCGCUUUCGCUAA